AUGUCUAUGGUGGUUACGUCCUGCUUUGAGGAUAUUCUCGGAUAUUCUCGUCGGCAGCAGCUAAUGAAGUUUGAGCAGCUAUCAGACAAGAGUUUGCCAUUGAACCCCAAGCCCUUUCUGAACGGUCUCACGGGAAAGCCUGUGAUGGUGAAGCUGAAGUGGGGGAUGGAGUACAAGGGGUACCUGGUGUCCGUGGACGGCUACAUGAACAUGCAGCUGGCCAACACAGAAGAGUAUGUGGAUGGAGCAUUAGCUGGUCAUCUUGGUGAGGUGCUCAUCAGGUGUAAUAAUGUUUUGUACAUAAGAGGAGUAGAAGAAGAGGAAGAAGAUGGAGAGAUGAGAGAAUGAAAGAAUGAAUCAACUUCAUUUUCUAAUAGAUUGAAAGAUUUAUUGGUUAAUUUGCAGUUUGUAUCGGUUUUAUGUGAGUUUUUUUUUUUUUUUCCUUGUAAAAUUUGUUAGUUUAUUUUUUACACUGUAAAAGCUAUUGGUGGCACAAUGAGAAAUAAAUUGUGCACUUUUGUA